UUGGAGAUGCUCUUACCUGUACACAUUGGAUCGCCAUACCUAGCUCAGCUCCUCUUGGUGAUGAAAGAAAUCCAUCAUUCCACGACUUCCAUCUCCGUGCAGAAAAACAACGAAUAAUUUAACCAAACAUAUACGGAACACAAACACACAUGUUGCAUCAGGAUCCUACAUUUGUUCAGUGCGGAGUCUUGAUAGAAAAAGAAAAAUGACGGGGCUGGAUGGAGAAAUUGGAACAGAAGAAGAAGGCAUGUCUGCACAUUCCCCUUGUAAAAAUCUACCUUCAUUUUCUUCUUCCGCUGAAAAGGAGCAAUUACAAGUUGAAGUGGAGCUUAAGCUUUUAGAAGCUCUUGAAAUCUAUCCUCUCGUCAAAUUAUGCGGAAUACAUCGCCAUUUUGUUCUUUUUGGGCUGACCGAAUAUUUGCAGAGAAGCUUAAAAAGACAGUUCUCUCCUUCCGAGGUUCUGCAGUUGCUAGACCGUUUCUACAAUCUAGAUAUGCUGGAACCGGAAUAUGAGGAUAUUGAAUUACUUAACCAAGAAGAAGAUUUCUGCCUUCCACGGAGUUUCUUUGUCAAGGAAGAACUUCUGAAUUCUACCACAAUUGGCGGUAUAUAAAUGAGACAGAGAAGACUUGUGAUAUUUUAUUUAUCUUUCUGUACGGUGUGAUCUUGUCAAGUCGCGGUGCAUUUGACUUUUGUGAUCAUGUAGUAUCUCAUGUUCUCAAGCAGUUUGUCUUGCUACAAUAGUUUCGGGAUUUAGAAUAAAAGACGGAAGUGUCAAGAUUCUAUAUUUGCCUAUAUAUAUGUUCUUUUGACUCAAA